CACUUCUUCACUCAACACAUCAACUUACCACCGACUGCCGACGGGACGCAACUCAAACAAGCCACCAAAGAACGAAUACAAUCAGAAUACAAAAUCACGAAGUCUAUCAAGAAACUCAUUUGCGAUAGAAUCUCCCAUGGAUCUUCUUUCGACCGUCCGCAAGUCGGGGUCGCGAGGCGGCGUCAACUUCAGCUGGGACGAUGUCGCCAACUCAGCACACCGCGAGAACUAUCUCGGUCAUAGUCUGAAGGCUCCAGUUGGUCGCUGGGCCAAAGGGCGGGAUCUCAACUGGUACGCCAAGGCAGAACCCUCGGCCGCGAACGCCGGAGAGACGGAGGAGGAGAAGGAAGCGCGCGAGCGGCGUGAAGAAAUCCGCAGGAUAAAGGAAGCAGAAGAGGAUGCCAUCAACCGCGCAUUGGGCCUGCCCAUCACACCACGAAAUACCAGCGGCGCCAAUGCUGUUGAAGUCCAAGGAUCCAAAAUCCCAGAGCGAACAGAAAAAAGUUCCGCGGAGCAAUCGACAGCACUGGCACCUAAAGAAGCGCAAGCAGGGGAGUCGAGAAGAGACAGGCACCGCGACCCAGAGCGACAUCAUAAGCGGGGGCACAGGAGCAGGAGUCGUGAGCGUGAGCGUGGUCAUGGCCGCGACAGGGAACGUGAUCAGGAACGUCAUCGCGAUCGGGAUAGACAUCGCAGCCGCAGCCGUGACCGGAGACGUGACGGGCCGGCGGACCGAGAAGGGAGAGAGCACCGUUCUAGUCGCAGAAGCCGGAGUCCUGAGCGUCGUUCACACCGCGGUGAUAGGACGAGGGAUCAGGAUCGGAGUCGGAGCGGAGACCGUGGAAGACACCACCACCACCACAGAAGGCGCAGUCAUAGUCCUGGUCGGAGCAGGAGCAGGGAUAGAAGAGCGAGGCAUGAUCGACGAUGAGAUUGUCAGAAUUGUAUUUGGUAGGUAUGUACUUAUGAAUGCAAGCAUGGUGUCUGGGGUCAACAGAAUAGAUUAAUCUCUGGUACAGUAUAUUCAUCAGUCUUGGUAGCGGCGCACUACUAUGAUACACCUACUAGUGUGAUGGAUUAUUAAGCUUAGCCCUUUGGUGAUUUGAAACGGUUCGUGAGCAACUGAAUGUCGCCACACCGGGUGUCAUGCUUUUACCGUCUUUUACUUUCGCUGCUCGAAGCUCCCGUCUUUUGGCUCAUGUGAUGUGGACCGUGCCUGGAAGGUAGGCCCGGGCAUGGCGGGGAUCUGUUUUAGUGGAGUUUCAGGGAUACACUGCGCUGAAUGAGGACCCUGCUAGCGUGCCGUGCCUAGGUACCUACUACCCCUGGGGCUGGAAGGCCGCUCGGUCUGGACAUAGUGUAUAUGUGCUACCUCUGUGUACACUAGUGAAUGAUGAUGAGAUGAGGCGUUCA